AUGAUGCCGCUGCGCAGCACUGGUCCUCUGGCUUCAACCUCGACCAUCGGAAGCGCUCUACCACAUCUCCGCGAUGAGCCCAUGGACGGUGACGACUCUGAUCAUUCGCGAGACCGCCGCACCGAGCAUAAGAUGAGCUUCGCCAGCAAGCAGAUCAAGGCGCUCUCGAUUCUUCGCUCGGACCCGCAAUUCCUCGAGCAGACUCGCUCCGCCGACGUCGGCCAGGCACUCCAGCUUCAACUCGCCACUAAUCCUCCCAAGCUCUUUCCGGAGAACGAUGGUGCUCGACUGAUCGAUUUCUUUAGUGCAUGGGUGCAGGAGUGGGAGCUCGGCAUGGAAGGGCUAGCAAUCCUGAAUAACUGUGCGGCCAACCUUGGCGACGUCGUUCCUCCCUGGGACUUUGUUUGGACCGACAAGUACCUCUGCGACCCCUCUGUCCCGCCCAUCGACCAGAUCAAGCCUUUGGAGGACGUCAACGGGUUCAAGAUGACUGACGAGCUUUGCGUCAACAAGGGCUGCGAUUGCGACGACGACGAAUGCGAUCCCAAGACCUGCGCCUGUCUGCGUAGGGCUGCCGACUGCUACCCCUUCGCCGAUUCGUACUACCAGAGGAUGUUCGCUGGUUCUGGAUCGCAAACUGGCAUCGAUGGAACAGAUGCAAAAGCGCCGGGUCUCGAAUUCAUCUACAACGCAGACGGUCGCAUCAGGAUGAAGGAUGUCCCAGUGGGCACGCCGAUCUUCGAGUGCAACAAGUUUUGCUCAUGUUCGGCAUCAUGCAAGAUUCGCGUGGUCCAGAAGGGCAAGAAGGUUCCUCUUGCUUUUUGGAAGACCGAGUCCAAAGGGUGGGGAAUCAAAACUCUCGCCGACCUCCCCGCUGGUACCUUUGUCGGCAGCUACGGCGGCGAACUCCUCAACGACCAAGAAAGUGAACGACGUGCCGACGCGUACGAAAAGAUGCUUGGCACCACCUACCUCCAGACGGUGGACAGCCACAUCAUUAUGGUCCACCUAACACUCAAGAUCAUCGAGCGCGAUUUGGCCGAGCGAAACUUACUCGGCCACUACCGCCGAAACCAGCGCAAGCUCGUCGAGCUCGUCACCGAGACCGCCUACGCCAUCGAGGUGUACGAUGACUACCUGAAGUUCAUCCAGGACGACAAUAAGUGCAUCGAACUUGGGCUGCACGAAUCCGAGAUGAGGAUUAGGGAAGGUACUUCGGAUCGUCUCCGCGAAGCACACAUCGCUCAGCGUGCAAAGGAGCUCGCCGAGCCGCGUGCAAGGGAAGCGGCGGUUCGGAGACGUGCGCAAGAAGAGGCACAUCGAGAUCCACGCGAACCAUACGUACCCAAAAUUCCCAUCACCGAAUCGGACUUUGAGGAUCCCGUGUGGAACUUUCUCAGCCUCAGCCUGGAAGAGCAGGACCGGGCAUGCGCGCUGCGCGAGAUCCGAUCCGACCUGGAGGACGAGCACCUGGUCACGGUCGAUUCCGCGCUGUGGGGCAACCACACGCGCUUCUUCAACCACUCGUGCGAUCCCAACAUCUUCCACGUGCCCGUCUACACGGACGACGCCUCCAUCUUGCGUCCCUUGCUCGCCUUUUUCACCACGCGCGAAGUGAAAGCAGGCGAGGAACUCUGCUUCAACUACAGAGGCACCCAGUACUCGGACGACAUGCCGAUACCCUCGUCGUCGUCGGCCUCGACGUCUGCGCUGGCUCCCGCGACCCCCUCGAAAGGCCAGGGCCGCACGAGAACGAAGCCCACCGUCAUCCAUCCGCCGUCGACCAAGCCGGGCGCCGACACCGUGGCUGCAAUCACGACGAGCGCCGCCGAGAGCGCCGCAGCGGCGGCGGCCAUGGGCAGGCCGCCGGCGGGCAACCGCCUCGAUAUCCGGUGUCGCUGUGGCGCGGUCAACUGUACCGGUCGUGUGUUUAAUUAG